GGCAGUUUGGAAUGGAACAGGGGGUUGAAAUCUUUUAACUUGGUCAUGGAGCAUGUGAGAUUGCUGAAGAUAGUGCAAACAGAGCUGUGGUUUUGUCCGGCACAGUCUCUCUCUGUGUCUAGUAUAAUUCUCACGUGAUGUGUGGCAUGGCAAAGUACGUCUAGAAAUUGGCAUGAUGCAAAGAAACAGGGACCCGGUGAAGAAGGGAGAGGUCCGGCCUUAUGAGUUUCUGGAAUUGCUUGUUCUCUGUGAAUCAAAGAGCAAGAUCUCAGAUAAAGUGAAGAAGAUCAGAAAUACGGUGGCGACUUUCAGGGAAGAUUUUGAGGAAAACCUGAGGUCUCUGUUGGCAGAUCCUGACAAGCAGGUGGCCAUCUACCUGAAGCGAAACCUGCAGCUGCGAGAGAGGUGGUUGUUUCCCAGGAAGAGCCAGAAGACUGUAGAACCUGCAUCUUUCUACAGGGAGGAGCAGGAAAAAUCUUUGAGCAAGACAAAACCAACACCUCCAAGAUCUAUGAGUGAACCUGGGAUUAGAGCUGUGGGUUCAGAGAAGUGGACCCUGGUGACGCCGGUGCCACCUUUGAAGUGCCGCUGCUACACCCAGAGGAUAUCUGCUCCGAUUCUGUCUACGGAAGAGAUACAGGCUGUAGAGAGAGAGAAGAAAGAUCUCCAGUACCAGAUGCUCACUUUGGACGCACGAGUAAUGCGGAAUCUGAAAUGGAAGAUGGAUGAUUACCUGCCUGGCUACAAGAAGCGAGUGGCCUCUGUAUCCAUAGCAGCUGCCCCAACGCCCAUGCGGAUGACAGCCCCAAGGACAGCCUCCCGCACUGAUGUGUUUGAAAGGCUAUCGACAUCCGGAAGAAGGUCACCUUCCCCUUGUCAUGCUGCGGCGUGCAAUGCUUUCAAACAGGGGCUAGCUACAAAGGAAGGACGGGGGAGCUCCAGAGUUCCAAACUCCAGCCAGGCCAGGAAGAUGAAGGGAAGCAAAACAAAAAAACACAGAGAGACGUGGGUGCAAAGUAGCAAGUCGUGAAGGAGACCAGUAUGCCUUUCAGGCAGGCAAACAAUACUACAGCUCCUUCUUGCCUGCUUCCCAGUCCCUGCUUUGCCAAGAGCACGCAUUGGUAUGGGGGUCUGAGAAAUCGGGAACAUUUCCAUUCUGCAGGAGUAAAAGGUUUCCUUUGUUCUAAUUCCUCUGAUCUACUCCUUGCAGUGCCCUCGCAUGGGCCAUUGCAACAUUUGCCUUAUAUAACAAGGACAAAAGCAGAUUGCUCUGGGAAUAGCUGAAAGGAAACCAUGUUUUGUUCCCUUGUUGCAACGUUCAUGUUUA